UGCGCAUGCCCACUGAGCAUUGGAAGCCAUGUUGAAGUUUCAGUGGCUGGCUGUGCUUUUCUGACGCUGUAUGUUUUUAGGUUUGUUUUCUUCGAUUUUUAGUAUUGGUGACGUUCAACCAUACCAUUCGGAACCAUAAAUUGGAGUUCUAAAGAUGAAUUCCUGCGUCGACCUGUCCAGGCGCAAUCCGCAGGAGGAUUUCGAGCUAAUUCAGCGGAUAGGAAGCGGGACAUACGGAGAUGUCUACAAGGCCCGUAAUGUCAACACUGGGGAGUUGGCUGCCAUUAAAGUCAUUAAGCUGGAACCUGGUGAGGACUUUGAGGUGGUGCAGCAGGAGAUCAUCAUGAUGAAGGACUGCAAACACUCCAACAUCGUGGCCUACUUCGGUAGCUAUCUCCGGAGGGAUAAAUUAUGGAUCAGCAUGGAGUACUGCGGAGGAGGAUCUCUGCAGGAUAUUUAUCAUGUGACGGGGCCUCUGUCUGAGUCUCAGAUUGCGUAUAUGUCACGGGAAACCCUCCAGGGUUUGUACUAUCUCCACAACAAAGGCAAAAUGCACAGAGACAUUAAGGGAGCAAAUAUUCUAUUGACAGACAACGGCUAUGUGAAACUAGCUGACUUUGGUGUAUCAGCACAGAUCACUGCCACGCUGGCUAAGAGGAAGUCCUUCAUUGGAACACCAUACUGGAUGGCUCCAGAGGUGGCAGCCGUGGAGAGGAAGGGGGGCUACAACCAGCUGUGUGAUAUCUGGGCCGUGGGCAUCACAGCUAUCGAGCUUGCCGAGCUGCAGCCUCCCAUGUUCGACCUGCACCCUAUGAGGGCCCUUUUCUUGAUGACAAAGAGUAAUUUCCAGCCACCCAAAUUGAAAGACAAAGUGAAAUGGGGAAAUAAUUUCCAUCAUUUUGUCAAAUUGUCCCUGACGAAAAAUCCCAAGAAGAGGCCAACAGCAGAGAAACUAUUACAGCACCCGUUUGUGUCACAGCCUCUCAGUCGAACCCUGGCCAUCGAACUGCUGGACAAAUCCAACAACCCAGACCACACCACAUACAACGACUUUGACGAUGACGACCCAGAACCAGAGUCUCCAGUGUCUGUUCCCCAUCGGAUUCGCUCCACCAGCAGGAGCACAAGGGAAGGGAAGACGCUGUCUGAGAUCAACUUUGGCCAGGUGAAGUUUGACCCUCCGCUGAGGAAGGAGACAGAGCCCCAUCAUGAGCCGCCUGACUCUGACCCAUUUUUGGACUGUGCAGAAGAGCUGUACUACACUGCGAGAUCUAAUCUGGACCUUCAACUGGAGUAUGGACAGGAAUCUCCAAGCCUAAUGGGAGAAAACAAGAGUCUUCUCAAAUCAGUGGAGGAGGAGCUUAAGCAGAGGGGUCACAUGACACAUUUAGAGACCGAUGAUGAUGAUGGUGGUGAUGAUGGUGAUGAAACUCAACACAAACACAGUACCAUCAUGAGGCCCAAAGUCCCACCCCCACUGCCCCCCAAGCCCAAGUCCAUCUGUCUGCCCCAGGAGAGCCCGUCCCAGGGAGAGGAUGAUGGAGGGGGGACCAUCAAGCGCUGCCCCGUACCCGAGAGCCCUGCCCGAACCACCUCCUCAAACGUACCCCCACGCCCUCCACCCCCACGCCUGCCCCCCCACAGACGCAGUAGCCUAGGUAACGAGAGCACACAGAGCCAGGCUGGUUCAGAGCCCGAGGGGAAUGAUGAUGGGAGCUUUAGACAUUUCUGGGAGUGGCUUCACGCCCCGCACACAGAAGAGGAGUUGGAAGAGGUGUUGGAGGAUGAGAGUAAUGGAUUGAACUCUCACCAGAAUGGAGAGAAGGACAGUGCUACAGAGAGGCAGUCCACCAUGCCCCCUAGUGUCCCCAUACGGAAAGACAAGAAGGACAUUACGAAGCCUAUCAGUAAUGGCCUCCCACCCACACCCAAGGUCCAUAUGGGGGCCUGUUUCUCCAAGGUGUUCAACGGCUGCCCGUUGAAAAUCCACUGUGCCACGUCCUGGAUCAACCCAGACACCAGAGACCAAUAUUUGAUAUUUGGUGCCGAGGAGGGAAUCUACACUUUAAACCUGAACGAACUGCACGAGACGUCCAUGGAGCAGCUCUUUCCCCGCCGGUGCACUUGGCUUUAUGUUAUGAACAACUGCCUGCUCUCUAUAUCUGGAAAAGCCUCUCAGCUCUACUCUCAUAACGUAGCUGGUCUGUUCGAGCAUGCCCGGCAAAUGCAGAAGUUACCCAUGGCCAUUCCCACACACAAACUCCCAGACAAGAUGAUUCCACGGAAAUUUGCCAUAUCCAAUAAGAUUCCAGACACAAAAGGGUGCCAAAAGUGCUGCGUGGUGAGGAAUCCCUACACGGGUCACAAGUACCUGUGUGGUGCGUUCCAGUCCAGUGUGGUUCUGCUGGAGUGGGUGGAGCCCAUGCAGAAGUUUAUGCUCAUCAAGAACAUAGACUUCCCCCUGCCCUGUCCCCUGGAGGUGUUUGAGAUGCUGGUGGUGCCGGAUCAGCAGUACCCGCUCAUCUGUGUGGCCGUCAGCAAGGGCAUCGAGCUCAGCCAAGUGGUCCGCUUCGGCACGGUCAACCCCAACUCAACCUCCUCCUGGUUCACAGAGGCCGAUACGCCCCAGACUUGUGUUAUCCACGUCACCCAGUUGGAGAGGGACACCAUCUUAGUUUGUCUGGACAGGUGUAUAAAGAUAGUGAACCUACAAGGAAGGUUGAAGUCCAGCAGGAAGUUGUCUGCUGAGCUGACGUUUAACUUCCAGAUCGAGGCGAUAGUGUGUCUCCAAGAUAGCGUUCUGGCAUUUUGGAGGCAUGGCAUGCAAGGGCGGAGUUUCAAGACCAAUGAGAUCACCCAGGAGAUCUCUGAUAACACGCGGAUCUUCAGCCUGCUUGGAUCUGACAGAAACUCUCAGCACGACAGUUCAGGGCAGGAGGGAGCCGCCAAUCUGCCCAGAGUGGUGGUGCUGGAAAGCAGGCCGACUGACAACCCCACAGCAGCCAGCAACCUCUACAUCCUGGCUGGACACGAGAACAGCUACUGAUCACACCACACAGCAUCUUGGUUACACAAGACACUACAGACAGACUACUGCUUUAGCUUCACAUGAGACUGGUCCUUCAAGGGUCCACUUCCAACUUGCCUCUUACUUCCUUUUAACACCUAUAUUUAUUGUGGCAUGUAACAAAGAACUGGAUGACUUCUAUAUGAUUUCAUUUUAGAAUUAAGUGUUGCCACCACUGCUAGCAUCUUAGCCCAUACCACACAAGUGCUUAAUUGACCUCUAUUUAAUUGUAAAUAUAAAUGUAGUAUUUUUUUCGCAGAAAGGGACCCUGGCUACUCCGGGGUUGUAAACUAAAGACUGGUCAUGUAGAUAGGUGUUCUGUACCGGUAUGGAGACUGUAAAGAUUUAAAAGGGUGGUUCAGGGGGUCAGUUUGAGCACUAAAAAUGACUUCUUGUUCUCUAAUCAUGUGACAAGGGACAGGACUUGAUCCCCUCUGAGGUUUGGCUAAGUCUGAGCAGCAAGAAAGUCCUACUUACUGGUAAUGUCAUUCUGCACGCAUCGGCAUCCCAAAUGUGGGAACUCGCUUUGAGAAAUAUCUAAUGGGAGAUCAACCAUUUCAUUCUUAGCUUCCAUUUAUAACUCUAUGAGAUGAACAUUUCAAACUGUUUUAAUUGCAGGCUUACUUCCCAGCUAAGUUGUAUGCUUUUUUUAAUACUGUGGGAUCACUGGUGUUAAAAUUUGCACAAAAAGGUAUUUGAAGAAAAGAAAAGUGCUGUUGUAUGUAACUGUAUAUGUGCUUGUAAACUUUAAGUAUACAUAUAUAUGUUCUCACAAGCUGUGACACAGGGGUUGCAUUAGCAUAGGUAGAAUUAUUAUGGAACACUCACUGAACAUUACUGAAAUACCAUAAUGAGACGGUGGAGGGAGAAAUGUCAAAGGUCAAACUUAAACGGACUCUAGCGGUACUGUUUUGAUCACCACCGUUUCAUCAUGUAAUUCUCAAUGGUAAUAUCGAUCAUAUACACUAUAGUCAAAUAGACAAAACACAUUCCUUACUGUUGGACUCAGUGAAGAUGUAAAAAGAAUAUGAAUGUUACAUUUUUUUUGUAAUGUAAUGCCAAAAUGUGUUCUCGAUUUAUGGCCAAAAUUAGUGCGGUGUCUCUACCUCGUGCAAUGUUGAACAAAAGGAAACGAGUUGUGUAGAAGAAGAAAACAAAGUCAGUAAAAACACUACAAGAGUCAUGUUGGUUUUAAUUUACACAGUAGGAAUGUGUAAUGAUUAUGGACAAACUAACUUCCUUUCUGGCGCAUUAUCAUUUUCAUAUUGCAAUGCACAUUAUAUGUAUAUAGUGUAAAAUAAAAUCUGUUGGUUUUACAUACUGUAUAAUUGCCUAUAUUUUGUUUCAAAUGUGUAACAGAUUAACACAUUAAAAGAAGGAACUGAA